AGCGUGCUUAGCAACCAUUUCCAGUGAUUUUAUUUUGGUGCCGAGUUCGUGAUAGUUUUUGUUAUGUUAUUUUUAGUCAUUCUAUAAUCAGCGAAUUAACAGAGCAAAAUAAAGAUAUUUUAGCAAGUCAAUGUGAUCACAUUUAUUCAAUCAUAAUAGACAAAAGUGUGCCAAAGCAGCAAAUAUAUGCGUAUAGUAGUCUAUCGCCAGAACCUGUUUCAUUACAUUUAAGAAAAUAAACUAUAAAACAGAUUAGAUAUUCACACCAGUCGUUGUAAAUUGACUUACAUUAAACAAGUUACAACUUUUUAUUUAGCUGCUUAAGUAUUAGGACUAGGAUGAAUUUGCUGCUGGUAUUUUUGAUAAUAUUGGCAGUGCGACUUGCGUCGGUGUUUAUAGUACAAACAUACUAUGUGCCGGACGAAUACUGGCAGAGCUUGGAGGUAGCUCAUAAAUUGACUUUCGGUUAUGGCUACUUGACAUGGGAAUGGGUCCAAGGAAUUCGGAGUUAUCUCUAUCCAUUACUAAUUGCGGGAAUAUACAAAGCAUUAGCAUUACUUAACUUAGAUACAGCACAAUUGUUGGUAAUCUCUCCUCGCAUUUUACAAGCAAUGUUGUCGGCAUAUUCAGACUAUAGAUUUUUUGUGUGGUCCGGCAAAAAGAAAUGGGCCCUUUUUUUAAUCCUAGUGCCGUGGUUCUGGUUCUACACCGGUUCGCGAACUUUAUCUAACACGCUCGAAACAUCGUUGACUACCAUCGCUUUGAGUUACUUUCCUUGGAGUGGGGAAACUACAACAUAUUUGUGGUUUGCUGCAGUCUGUUGCUUCUUGAGACCAACCGCGUCUGUUAUUUGGAUACCGUUAUGCAUUUAUCAUUUGCGUAAAAGUCGUUUGUCAACAAUAGACCUAAUUUUUAAACAUUUUUUGGUUAUUGGCUUGUUGGUGGCAGGAGUUUGUGUGUGUAUCGAUACGUACUGGCACGGCAGCUUGAUCUUUACUCCAUACGAGUUCUUCAAAUACAAUAUUCUUCAUAACAUUGGAAGUAUCUAUGGCUCCCAUCCGUGGUAUUGGUACUUUACCGUUGGCUUACCAACUGUAUUGGGCAUCAACACUUUACCAUUCAUUUUCGGAGUCAUGGAUACUGUUCGCCAUAAAAAAAAUUAUCCUGUACGCAAGCAAUUGCUUAUUACCAUUUUACUCUCACUAAUUGUACUAAGCACUGUUGAACACAAGGAAUUUCGCUUUGUCGCAUCUUUAUUGCCUCUAUGUCUCUAUAUAACUGCCGAUACACUUACACGUUGGAGUUAUAACGCUUCCAGGAGCGUGCUUUGGUUUAGCGCAUUGGUAAUAGUUUUUGGCAAUGCUCUGCCCGCGUGGUACUUAAGUACUGUUCACCAGAAAGGCCCAUUGGACGUAAUGACACCUAUUCAAAAGAUUGCAAGGGAUUUCCGUGAUGAAAAUGAGCACCGGGCCAGUAUACUCUUCUUAAUGCCAUGCCAUUCUACGCCGUAUUAUAGCCACGUUCAUGAAAACAUUACAAUGCGUUUCCUAACGUGCGAGCCUAAUUUACAAAACAAACCAAAUUACGUCGAUGAGGCCGACCAAUUUUACCAAUCGCCGGUGCAUUGGUUACGCUCCCAUAUUCCCUCAUAUCCGCGUACUGCAAUGCCGUCCCAUAUUGUACUCUAUCAGCCAUUAGCUCCAAUAAUAAGUGAGUUUCUAGUGAGCUACAAAAUUUUGCAUCGAAUUUCCAACGCAGAGGUAAACGAAAAUGUCGCUCCUCAAAUGUUGAUGAACGAAUGGUCGAGAUUACUGAAGGAAAAGGAGGUAGACGUUAAAUCUCUUUUGCAGCAUGUGCGUAACAGAGUCGGUAAAAAUAUACUAGUAUACCAACGUCUUCGGGCAGGAGAAGAAAAUACUUUCAACAGAGACGAGUACAAAACAUCAGAACAAACGACUUCGCAAGGAUCAAAAGUAGUGGAAGAUAUUCCGUACAACAACGGCGCUAACACCGCUGAAGACACAGAAAACCACCACAAUAUGUUCAAUUGAACAAUAGACAAAAUGCGAACUUGCAUUUGAAUUCAAGAAAGCACACAUCAAUCACGUUUGAUUUUAUGGUUAGGAAAGUUUACAUAAAUUGCCUAACCCUUCAGAGAUGCUUAGCUUUUAUUAUAUAUAUAGUAUAUAUAUAUAUGUAGCGCUGCAAUAUAAAAGCAAAAUGAAAAACUGAUAUUAUUUUUGUUUUUGAAAAAAAAAAAA